AUGGCUCCCCCCAACCAUGACUCCUCCGUCGCCCGUGCGGCUCAUGGUGUAUUCUCCAGACUAUCAAAACGAAUCAACAUCCCCCUGACUCCGACGAGCCCGCCCGGCCUCGUGCAGGCGAAUGUCGUCGAUCCGUGGUCCAAAUCAGGAAAAUACGGCCUCGGAUGGACCUACUUUGCGCUCGCCCUCGUCUUGUCCGUUGUCGUCGUGCGUGCCUGGCAUUUCUGGCAAGACAAGAUCCGCCAGGCCAUCUAUAAGCAAGAGUUGGAGAACCAUUACAGAACAACGUACAAUGUCGACUCGGACGUCUUCCUCUCGGCUCUUCGAAGCGGCCAGGGCUCGCAAUUCUUCCCAGAAGGCCCCCAUACCGGCGAGAAGCAGUUUCGACCCAAGGCGCACUUUUCCUCCGUCGGCAUCGUCAACGACACCCUCGCCUUGUUUCGAUGGAUCUUUUACCGGCCCAUUCCUGAUCUUGUCAUCUUUAAAUAUCGCUUCACGUUUUCGUCGCUCGCUGUCCUGGCAUGCACCUUUAUUGCCGUCGUUUUCGUCACGCUCUACUGCUUCCUUCAGCAGCCUCUCUACUGGCAAAGCAUUCAGUUCGGAUCGCCCCCGCUGGCCGUCCGAGCAGGCAUGAUCUCUGUGGCGCUGACGCCCUGGAUCAUUGCCACCAGCAUGAAGGCGAACCUGCUGACUCUUGUGAUUGGCAUCGGUCCAGAGCGGCUCAACGUCAUGCACCGGUGGCUCAGUUACCUAUGCCUGUUUCUGGCGCUCGUCCACAUGAUCCCAUUCUACAUUCAGCCGGUCUGGGAGGACGACGGCAUAAAGGUGUUCUACAAGCUCUUUCCCGAUGGUACCGGCCUCUACUAUGGCACCGGAAUCGCCUGUAUUAUCCCACUGAUUUGGCUCUGCGUGGCGUCGCUGCCUUGGAUCCGCCGCGUCGCAUACGAGACGUUUGUGAUGCUGCAUGUUCCUGCCGGCGUCGUCUACACUGCGCUGCUAUUCUGGCACACGAAAAACUAUCUCAUGUCCUGGAGCUACCUGUACGCCACCCUGGCUAUCUGGUUCGUCUGCUACGUGAUGCGCUUCCUCCGUCUCAACUGGGUACGGCCCUGGCGGCUGUCCUUUCUGGUAGGCGACGAAGCGGCCGUGACUCUCAUGGCCGAAAACUGCAUCAAAGUCACCAUCCCCACGCAAAUGCGCUGGCGACCCGGGCAGUACGUCUACCUGCGCAUGCCCGCCAUCUCCGUCUUUGAGAACCACCCCUUUACCAUUUCCUCCCUCUGCAGCGAGGACUUCCCCUCCGAGUACGGCGAGGACUACCGCGACUGCGUCCUCGUCUUCCGCCCCUACGGCGGCUUCACCAAAAAAGUCCUCGACACAGCCAUGCAGCACGGGCCCUUUCACACGUACCGCGCCUUUCUCGACGGGCCGUACGGUGGCAUGCGGCGCGACCUGGCCGCCUUUGACACGUGCAUCCUGAUUGCUGGCGGCAGCGGCAUCACGUCGCUCAUGUCGCAGCUGCUCAACCUCAUCAAGCGCAUGCGCGACGGCAAGGCCAUUACGCGCAAGGUCGUCGUCGUCUGGUCCAUGAAGAAGAUGGACGCCAUGCAGUGGUUCCGCGACGAGCUGAGCCUGUGCCGCGAGUCGGCGCCGCCCGAGAGCGUGACGUGCAAGUUCUUUGUCACCUCGGCCGUGCGCGACCGCCAAAACUUUGCCGGCGCGCAAAUGACGGCGCCCAUUAGUGGCACCGGCGCAGUCACCGGCGCCGCCGCGCACAAGCGCCAGCUUUCCCACCUCUUGCAUGACAAGCUCGACAGCUUCGUCGCUGGUGUUGCCUCGAAGCGCAACUCGGCCCUCAUCUACGACGAGGCGAGGGGUGAUCCGGAGCGCGAGCGCGAGCUGCGCGCCGAAAACGAAGACAAAAUCACCGCGCUCCCGCCGCAACGGUACCUCCAGCCGCACCACCACGCUCCGCCACAGCCGCCAGACGAAGAGCCCGACGACCGUCUGCUCAACGCAAACGGCUUCCCCGUCGACAAGAAGCCCGUCGACGACGGGUCGCGGGACACUGGGUUUCACUUUCCGCCCCUGCACCGCGAGAACCCGCCGCACUUCAACUACAUCCCCGGUGCCGUGCGGGCCGAACCCGACUGCGAAGCUGCCGCCGUCGUCGACCCUCCCCAACCGCCCGAGCUCGCGCACCUGCGCACCUCCAACCUGCCUUCCUCUGGCCAGCAGCAGCAGCCGCGGCCCACGUCGACGUUUGGCCCUCCGUCAGGGUUUGACUUUGGCUUCCCCGCCACGCCGACCGAGUUCCAGAAGAGCCUGAUGCGGUCGGCGUUUCCCGUGCCGCACGCCAUUGACGGCGGCUGGAGCCUCGAGUACGGCCGGCCGGAGCUGGGGUAUAUGCUGCGGCAGUGGGCCACGGGCGGCGCCGACGGCCGCGGGAUUCUUGGACGCCGCACUGCCGUGUUUGUCUGCGGCCCGCCGGCGAUGCGCGUCGGCGUCGCGAAUACCGUCGCGCAGCUGCAGGCGGAGAUUUGGGGCGAUGAUGAGCUGGAGGAGAUUUUCCUGCAUACGGAGAAUUAUGCGCUGUAA